CGCCAGCGCCAGGCCGUCACCCCCCUAUGGGCCUGGGCUGGACCCGGCGCCCUCCCCGCCGCGGGCUGAGCUUCUUGGGAUGUUGCAAUGGUUGGAAUUGUUCCAGAUAUGGUUGCUGUGGUGCUAUUCUGGGAGACCAUUUUGAUGGAUGACUAGUACCAUUCAGUGAUGGGCUGUGGGACUAGCAAAGUACUUCCCGAGCCUCCCAAGGAUGUUCAUUUGGAUCUCGUUAAAAAGGUUGAGCCAUACACUGGUUAUAAAACUGACAUAUAUAAGCAUUUCAUCAAAGGUGAUGGAGAUGCCAUCAAAUCUACUAUUCCUUCUCCUCCAUGUCACACCAAUCCAUAUGUGGAACAGCCAGAGCCCCGCAAAAACAGAGUGGCAAAGUACCGGGCCAAAUUUGAUCCCAGAGUGACAGCCAAGUAUGAUAUCAAAGCUCUGAUUGGCCGAGGUAGCUUUAGUCGUGUGGUACGAGUGGAGCACAAAGCUACCAAACAACCUUAUGCAAUCAAGUUGAUAGAGACCAAAUACCGUGAGGGGAGAGAAGUAUGCGAAUCAGAGCUGUGCGUGUUACGCCGAGUGCGGCAUACCAACAUCAUCCAACUCAUUGAAGUUUUUGAGACUCAGGAACGUGUCUACAUGGUGAUGGAACUGGCCACAGGAGGCGAAUUGUUUGAUCGUAUUAUUGCUAAAGGGUCUUUCACAGAAAGAGAUGCUACCCGAGUGUUACAGAUGGUACUGGAUGGCGUUAAAUACUUGCAUACAUUGGGCAUAACUCAUAGAGACUUGAAGCCAGAGAACUUGCUCUAUUAUCACCCAGGUAUGGAUUCUAAAAUAAUGAUCACAGAUUUUGGGCUGGCGAGUGCUCGGAAGAAAGGAGAUGACUGCUUAAUGAAGACUACCUGUGGGACACCAGAGUAUAUUGCCCCAGAGAUCUUGGUCAGAAAGCCUUAUACUAACUCUGUGGACAUGUGGGCGCUUGGGGUGAUCUCGUACAUCCUACUAAGUGGGACUAUGCCUUUUGAGGAUGAUAACCGCACCCGCUUGUAUCGGCAAAUUCUGAAAGGAAAAUACAGUUACUCGGGGGAGCCCUGGCCCAGUGUGUCCAACCUUGCUAAAGAUUUCAUUGACCGUCUGCUAACUGUGGAUCCUAGCGACCGGAUGACAGCACUUCAAGCCUUAAAGCAUCCCUGGGUGGUGAGCAUGGCCGCCUCUUCUUCCAUGAAGAACCUGCACCGUUCCAUCUCUCAGAACCUCCUCAAGAGGGCAUCAUCUCGUUGCCAAAGCACCAAAUCAGCUCAGUCUACCCGUUCCAGCCGGUCCACCAAAUCCAACAAGUCCCGACGGGUGCGGGAGAGGGAACUACGAGAAUUGAACUUGCGCUAUCAGCAACAGUACAAUGGCUGACAAUCCAGCAAGAGUCUGCCUUCUUCACUUUUUUCUUUUUGACACUGGGGCAUGUUCUGCAGGGUGCCCGCUAAGUGUUCCAGCUGCCUUAUUUCUUCUCUGAAAGUUCAGCCUCUGUCUACCUUUCUGUCUUGAAAGAAAUGGAUAUUUUGGGAUACUGAUGCCCUUAGGAGAAUGCCGUAGCUGGGCAGAGUCAGUACAGUAUCUCUGCCAUGAGGGGAAAUUAGGAAAGUCUGUUUUUGACCCACCCUGGGCCAAGUCCUGAACUGAUGGCCUGAAAUACUGGAAACACAUGGAAGAGAGAGCCCUUACCCAAUUUAAAGUCCUUGCUACCCCUACUUAUUUAUGACAAAAGUCAAUUGUUGUUGGCACAGAGUCUGAUGGCUGAGAGAUUUAGAAUGCAGUCCUCUGCCCACUUACCUGGGAAUAAGCUUGAUUAAAUUAAUGGGGCUGACUUCUGUGUAGAUAUGUAUAAGAGUAAGCACCAGGCCCGCUUGCUUAAGAUCUGGAAUCACCUGGAGGUGCUCAAGGCACUUCCACUAGUGCACAAAGGGAUGGCAAAUGUUCUUUAUCUGUGCAACCUCUUGCAGUGACCUAAACAUUUUUCUAGAGAUUCUAGUAAUAUUUAAAAUGGUCAGGCGGGGGGUGGGGAUGGGGAGUUCUCUAGAUCUUGGCCGCCAUUUAGCUGGAAAUGGUAAGGGAUGAGCUUUGUUCUUCCUUCUUGCCUCCUAUGUAUUUUGUAGCAUUGCUUUGAUCUCCAUUUUGUUUUUUCAUCUAAUGUUGGGAUAAAUUAUUAUCAUCCCAGCUAUCAUUCCAAGUCAGCCAAAGUUGCAGGAUGUGGAUCAGUAUUCAGUAUUGCCAGAGACUGCAAGAACCUUAACGACUUCCUUUUGUCUUCCAACAUCUUAUGCGUACUAGUAUGUCCUAUUACAAUGACAAAAUGAGCAGUAGAAGUCUCUCAUCAAAUGUUAUGGUUGAAGCUUGACUGGGGUUAAGCAACUGUUAUGUCUGCCUGUAGAAUGUGCAGAGAAUACAGCUUAGAAUCAUUAACUUGCAUAGUUUAAUGAGAUCCAAAAAUAAUCUAUGCUGCACAGACCCCCAUGGAUUAACCCACUUUUUGUUUUAACUUUUUGUGUGGCUGCAAGCAAAAAGUCCAAGAGCAAAAGAGGUAAUCCUACCAUAGCCAUGUUUUCAGUCAAGUCAGAUGAAGCAAUGCAAAUGAUUAUAACAAGAAAACUUGCACGUUACCAGAAUAAAUGUCCAAAGUCAUUAACCAACUUGAAGGAGAGUUGAAUUCUUCUAGCCUUGGUUAGGCCUGGUAUAAUUAUAUAGCCAAAUAAAGUGUUGGAAUUUUGAAUAUAGCAUUAAUCAUUUAAUUUUAAACAGUGUGUAGAGUCAAGUUUUAAUGGUUCCAUGUGGAAAAUGCAUCUCCCUGCACAAAGUUAGCACAUUAGGAGAGAACCUUCUGAGGUACUAGUUUUCUAUUAGCAAAGGGAUAGCUGCAGGAAGGGGGAGUGGAUUCAAAGUGGCACCCCCUGCCUGCAUUGUGAAGUAGUACAAUGAAUUCUGCUACCUCAUUCUGCAGUAUAGGAAAACUGCCAUGUGAAGCAAAGGCUGGUGAAAAGACCAUCUGGAGCUUCUGAGCAGUUUAUCCUAGCUUUGAAAAUAACAAUCCAGAUACGCUUUUAAUUCUCUGUGUCAGUCAAAAUAGUAUUUGGUUGAGCUAGUCCUCAAUAGAUCUUACUCUGUCCUUUUCCGGGUUGGAAUUGUGGCCUAGACAGUUAAAUGUGCCUUUUAACAGAAACCAACUACUUGCACCCUCUGGCACAUCCUGUUUUGCAGUGUAACUUUAUUUGUCCCAAUAAAUAUUUCUUUGAAGAUAAUUAGCCAGCAGUUUAAAGUUUAGCAUUUCAUCAGUCUUGAUAUUCAGGUGGUUUUAUCAUGUUGGGCAGUUAAGUGCCAUCAUAUUUUAUGAGCAUAAAGAUAAGUUCUUACCCCAGUGAGUGAUGAUUCUAGAAGUGUCUCUGCAACUUAACUUUUACAUACACUUAAGCAUGCAUUACUCCACUUCUGAUUUAUCUCUAUUCCUGUUCUGGACACACCUUGUGUAGAACUGGUUUCUCAGGCCAGGGUGCCAUCUAGUGGUUCAGGAUACUCUUGCCUCUUGGAUUAAUUAGUGCAAGUCUCCAUUAAUGCUUGACUUCAUAUCCUAUCAUUGUUUUAUUGAACCUUAGCUGGCAGUUAAAUCAUAUUUUGCUAGCUAUUGUCUCUUGGGCCACACCAAAUUUCAUAUUGGCCUUUGCGGUAUUUAUUUGACUCUUCAGAAGAUACUUAGGUGUGGGCUAGAGAUUUCUUGAACUCUUUUUUGCUGCAUUCCUUCUGGAUAAGAUGCCAAUUUGAAAGAGAGGUACCAUUUUUGACCCACUGGUUGCCCAUGGAGAUCAAUAUUAUCUAAGCAUAGAGGUGAGAGAUUUCUGUGAAGGAUGCCUAAUUGUAGCAUGCUUAGCCCACUAUAAUGAUAAGCAAACCAUUCACAAAUUGGAGUGUUUCUUUUUAAAUGCAUGCCAUAAUUCUAAGACAAGAAAAAUCAUGGAUGGUUAUCCUGGAUGCAGCAUAACUCUUAAUCCAUGCUUCUUCCUCUCCUGUUCUAAUUCAUUUUGGUGUUUAGCUGCUGAGUUGAUUUAUUAUGUGUAUGUAAUAGCAACCAUUGAGUUCUCUCCUCUCCAGAUCUUGAGAUUAGUUUGUGCCUUGCACUGCCCCCUUUUCUCACUCUUGGAAAAACUAAACAUUGUAAAUAUACUGGAACUUAGCAAUACUGUGUUAAAAAAAUACAACCAGUGAACAACUUCACUGGUCUGAAAUCCAUCUGUCCAUUGGAGAAAGAAUGCAAAUUUGGGGUUAUGUUCUAGUUUGCUAUCAAUGGGACUCUGAAGACCUAAAUGUGGUAUAGAUUAGAAGCCACUUCUGUCCAGGUUGUGCCAUUAGAAAUAUUUUCUUUUUAAGCUUUUUAUUUGAAUGUUGGCAGGUCCUUUAUGUCAGUCUCUUCCUGCCACUUUCUAAGUGCUCAUUGGACUAGUCACACUUACACAAAGGUUGGCAAUAAGAAGUGUCAUAUUACUGACAAGUAGGAAGAAUCAUGAGAUCUUUUUCUAGGAGAGUAAUUAAAAGAGGGCAGUCUGGAGCCAGGCAUCUAUAUAUUCCAUAAUGUCCGGAUAUUUAGUUUUUAUCAUGCACUCUAAUUAUUAAGGGUUGGGGCUGUUGUACCUUUAAACUGUCAACCCUUUCUUUGAUCCAGGAACUCUUGCACUUUAUCCUAUCCCAAUAAUUUUACAACAUUUCUUAUGAGCCACAUUUCAACAUUUCCCAACAUUUCAUAUGAACCACAAGUUCCAACAUUUCCCAACAUUUCCACUGAGUCACAAGACGGUGCUUUAACACUUCUGGCUUCUUAAUGACUUUAUUCCGCAGUGGAGGAGGAUCCAAAUGUGGAAAUGUACUGUGACUGCAAUUCACAAGCCAGCAAAAGCUGCACUUCUCAUGGAAGUAUUGCCUGGAAGAGAUUCUUGCAGAUUCCGAGACUUCUUACAAUGAGGGCCACAACCUUCCGCUGCUUACUAGUCCAUGGUGCACCAAUGUCGCAGCAUGGAUUUCCCUGCCGGAAGUGGCCAUUUUGGGGAACUGCAGCUAGUGGAGAGUUGACAAUAGGAUAUCAUUUUCAGCAAACCUCCUGUUUCUGCCCUAAUGCCAAGGUUGGCCUUUAAAUGUUCCUAUCUUGUUCAGUGAAUGACUAGGAUUGCUAUAAGUGGAAGUUUCAGCUUUGAUGAAUAAGUGUGGGGUGAAGAUGGAGUUAAAGUAGACUUGUGUUCUUCAAGUCUUUGUAAAUAGAGUUCUGCAACCUGGAGAACACCAGGAAAAAGCAUUUGGGAAUGGAAUCAGAUGCAUAAUUCCACAUCAGUAAUUUUGCCAAUACUUUCAGAAAGUUGCCUUUAUCUCAAGAUUGAUACAGAUGCUAUUCUGCCAGUUAGUGCCUUAUUUAAACCACUCAGUCACUCUUCUUGGAAACCCAGGAUUAAAUUACAAACUAGUCUACAGUCCAAAGAACCACUUCACUGGUGAUGCAUACUUAAUAAGUCCAAACCAGUUCCCUUUCUCUCUGUGUUGUGCUACAAACUGCUGUUGAAAUUCAGUGUGUUGAAAGAAGUUUGAUGUGACAGAAGGGCCUCCUUUGUUCAAAGGAGGGCAAAAACCAUUACAAAUCUCAGUGGCAAUUUUGAACUUUUGGGUGUCACUUUGGGCCCCAUCUAACAUGGAAGCAGAAACUAUAUAAAAAAUGUGAAAUUCACCCUUGGAUAGGUUCCCCUGGGGGAAAGCUCUGUUGCCUGCAACUGCUUUUGCUUUUUCUCAGUUUGGUUCAGCAAGCUUUCUUUUCCAAACCAUCUGCCUUAGGAAGGAAGUCCUGUAGAUUCACUGAAGUACCCGAGUAGACAGGAGGAUGGGGCAGCUUUCUGAUGGGAAUAUCCUGAGCAGUAGUAGCUGGCCAAACUACUAAUUCUGUGUACAGAGUGCCUAGAGAUGCCUCUUAGCAGCUGUACAAUGAUGGGAUUGCUCAGCAGGGAGGGACUGGCCAUUUUAUUGAGAACUAUUACAGUUUUGGUCACCAAUUAAUGCUUGAUAGACUUUCAGAGAACCUCAGGGUUGUCUGGAGCCCAACAUAGAAAAUGUUUUUUAUACCAGCAUGACAAGUUAUUCCUUUCAGACAAGUGGGAUGGGGGGGGGUACUUUCCAAAUAUUCUGUACUCCAGCAGCCCUUGGCUGUAUCUUGCUGCCUUCCUGCCCAUAUCUGUGUGCUAUGAAUACGUCACUUUUGGCCCUACAGCAUCUUUUGGAAGUCCUCCAAGGAACUGAGUCUGACUUCACAGAUACUUCUUCCCACCCAACAACAUCCAAAUUGUUAAAAAGAAUUGUUCCUAGAACCUGAGUUCUCUCUUUUUCAUAGGUCAGUGUGCCCCCUCCCUUCUUCCUCUCAAGUAUUCAUAUCUGUGAUUUUUGUCCGUGGUGCCUUUGGGGCUUUUUUUACACUAUGGAAUCUCUACUUUUUUAGAGGGUGAUUUGAUGCAUGACAGUUAACCUGUAAUGUUGAAAUUAGUGUAUGGAAUUAUUUAUUUUGUGUAUUCAGUCUGUUUUUAAAAUUUGUAAAUGUAACCUUUUAUUCAGUAAAAUGUUGAUCCUCACGGAUUGGUGGCGUUCUUUUUGUUGGGCGUGGUUGCAAUAAAUGCUCUAAUUAAAGGGCAGGCUUUUUCAAGUGGGAACCUGCACUUUUGAACUCAGGUUGGUGGAUGAGAUUAGGAUAAACGCAAUUGUUUUAAAGUAGUUGUAGCUAAUUCGAAUAUUCUUCCUGUAUUCAAUAAUUUCUCCUGUCCAUCAAACCUACAAUUAGACAGCAGUUUUUGGAGUGGCCUGCAGGCCAUAUUAAGGAGUUUGGGGAACACCAGUUUCGGAGCUUGCUUUAAUUAGUUAUAUGAAUGAAAGAGAGAGGACUGGUUGUGGCUCCUAUGUAUUGUAAUAUGCUUUGUCAAAUCCUGUGAGAUGGGACAAAAUUUCUUAAACUGUCUCCUAUUUUCUGUAUUUUCCAGGGUUAAUAUUUCUAAAACUUGCUUUUGUGGUUGUUGUUGUCUGAUCAGAUAAUUAAAGAAUAGAAUACAGCCCACAUCUGGACAAAGUGGCUUCUAUGUGGAUCUAUUUUGCCAAUAGUUAAGAGAUGCCAAAGCAUAUCAGCAGAUUUUCAGUAACGGUCUAAAAAUAUGGCUGUUAUUAAAAAUGAAUGCCCUAAAAAUUUAUUGUUUGUUUGAGAUGUUACACAGCUGGAACUAGGUUCAGAGUUCUUGAAGAAAGAA